CAGAGAUCUCAGUUCUACACUAUCCAAACCUACAAAGCUAAUUAUUUUGGAAUCUUGUCAAAAAUGAAACUAAAACAAACCAAAGUGAUGUUGUUCUUGUUAACCCUAGUCUUCACAUUGAUUUUCCGACCAUCAGAAGCUCGUCUAGAUCCAAGUCUAGAUCCAAACCACUUAUGUUCGGAUGAUGAGACAACGCCGGUAGCUAACUUACCAGGAUGUUUUUAUGCGGUGAGAUUAGCGGCGGAUCAAGAUAUCAGAUGGCUAUCAAGAGACUGUUGCGAGGCAGUGAAAACACUUCCUGAUUGCCUAUUGCUUGUCUUUCCUUACAAAGCUUUAAAUACUAUCAUCUUGAAAAGAAUUUGUGUUACAAAGUUCCCUGGAUGAUCAAUUUUAUAACUUUGGUGUAUUCUUAAUGAUAUAUUAUUGAAACUGAAUCAAAAUUUACUU